AUGCAACCUGGCAUCUGGUACUACAAAUAUGUGGAGGGUGAUCAUGUAUUAUUCAUUAUUAACCGCGAGAGAGCAGGAGUGCAGUUUGAUUUGAUCUAUGACAGUAUUUUCGAACGCUGCAGGAAGCAUGUAUUUAGAAAGAAGCUUCCGCCAUUGCCUAAUGAAAUCCAUCACUAG